AUGAAGAACUGCUCCGAUAUCCCGCGCUGUGGGAUGCCACCGCUCGAUCGCGACACGAUGCGGGCUUUGUGGAGGCGUCCAGAUCCAACCUUGCAGCAAAUCGCACAAGGCCUGAAUAUUGACUGGGACCACUUGAAAGAGAUUCGGCAGUUCAUCAUGGGAGAGCUUCUCAAGCCCAGCGAUGUCGAGGCUACCAUAGAGGACGUCCUCGAGAACGCAAUCGAGAUCCAAGAGGGCGACGUUCUGCUCAUGUAUCAACUUCGGAACACCAACGAGCACGGCAAAACCUACUGGCGCGACAUUAUCACCACCAUGAAGAUCCAGAGCGAAGGAUUCGAAUACAUGCUCUUUCCCGACACUUUCGAUACCCCUCAAGCUCCCUGA